AGCUCCCCUGCUGGCCAGGGUUGAGGAUGGGAGUGGGAUCUAGACUCCUGGCCAGAGUGGGGUCUUGUUGUUCAGUCACUAAUUCGUGUCCAGCUCCUUGCGACCUCAUGGACUGCAGCCUGCCAGGCUCCUCUGUCUUCCACUGUCUUGCAGAGUUUGCUCCAAUUCAUGUCUGUUGAGUCGGGGUCAGUUCCCCCUUAUUCAUUGUCCUGUCCCCUCUGUGAUGGCUUCCUGUCUAACUGGCUGGAGAUGAUUCUAGAGUGACUCAGGGACACCCUGCACACCCCCAGAUUCUCUGGAAACGGCAAGGGGUGUAUAUAUACUCUGGCAACAGGCACCAGUGGGAAGGUGGAGUGUGGUAGUGGGCCUGCCGGGGGGAGGGUUGACUUGAUUUCCCUGGUGUGGCCAUGGAGACAGGGAGGCUGGGCUGUGCGAAGGGCCUAGUGUGCGGGGCCCAGAGCUGCCUGGUCUCUUCUCCUGCCUCUACCCCAUCCCUAGCUCAGCCCUGCACUCUGGCCUCCAGCCAGCAGCAGGCUCAGCAGGUCCCUAGGGGUGUGGUGGCGGCCGGUGGUGGAGUCAGCCUACAUCAGCCAAGCAGUCAGUGAAGCAGCACAGUCCACCGGGAAAAGCUGAGCUCCACGGCUGCCGGAGCCUGGAGAGGCGGCGUGGCCAUGAGCCCUCUGCUCUACUACGCCCUGCCCGCCCUGGGCAGCUAUGUCAUGCUGUCCUUCUUCUUCCUGCGCCGACCUCGCCUGCUGCACACACCGUGGGUUCCAGCCUUCCGUCCCCACCUGGGGGCCCACCGCGGAGGGUCUGGAGAGCGCCUGGAGAACACCAUGGAGGCCAUGGAGAACUCCAUGGCCCAGCGAGCGGACCUCCUGGAGCUCGAUUGCCACCUGACUCGGGAUGGCGUGGUGGUGGUGUCACACGACAAAAACCUGUUCCGCCAGACAGGUGUGAACAGGGACGUGGGCAGCCUGAACUUUGAGGACCUGCCCCUCUUAAAGGAAGAGCUAGAGGUCUACUUCUCACCAGGCAAGAACGUGGGCUGCGAGCGCUGGGCUGCGCCUACUGUAGUGGGGUCCCCGCCUCAACCUCCUGCCUCCUCUUCUCCUCUGGGACCCACCCCCUGCCCCUGGGCUCUCGUCCCCACCCCAGCAAUUCUCCUCCCAUCCUUCUCCCCACCACCCCCAGGCCACUUUGCACGCGGGGCCGACCGGCACAUGGUGCGUCUGGAGGACUUGUUCCGGAGGUUCCCGCAGACGCCCAUGAGUGUGGAAGUCAAAGAGCGAAAUGAAGAGCUCAUUCACAAGAUAGCAGGCCUGGUGAGGCACUAUGACCGCAAUGAAAUCACCAUCUGGGCCUCGGAGAAGAGCUCCAUCAUGAAGAAAUGCAAGGCUGCUAACCCUGAGAUGCCCACCUCCUUCACACUGAGCCGAGGGUUCUGGGUGCUGCUGUUUUAUUACCUGGGGCUGCUGCCCUUCAUCUCCAUCCCCGAGAAGUUCCUCAUCUGCUUCCUGCCGACCAUCAUCAACAGGACCUACUUCCCGUUUUCCCGCUCAGGGCUGAAUCAACUGGCGGCCGUGGUUGCCAAAUGGCUCAUCAUGCGGAAGAGUCUGAUCCAACACCUGCAGCAGCGAGGGGUGCAGGUGGUAUUUUGGUGCCUUAAUGAAGAGUCAGACUUCGAAGCAGCCUUCAACCUGGGGGCCACUGGCGUCAUAACUGAUUACCCAACAGCCCUGAGGUGCUACCUGGACAGCCGUGGACCACCUGCCCUAGCCUCCUAACCUAGAGG